AUGGCGGAUUGGUCUCAGCUCCCCCAAGAUCUCUUACACCUAAUAGCCAAACGCCUCAAGACCCGCAUCGAUCUCUUCCGCCUUCGCUCCAUUUGCUCUUCAUGGCGCUCCUCUAUUUCUCUUCCACCCAAACAACACCGUCACACUCCAAUUCCCACUACAGUCUCGACCUAUCCGAACACACCGUUUAUCUCAUCGAAUCACAACAACAAGGGUCUCCCCCAAAACGCUGGUUGGUCAAGAACAUGUUCUUCAUCGUACCGCAACGUAUGGAGUCCACCUUGGAGGAGUCGUCCAGUUGUCGAGGUUGACAAGAUUGCUCUCAUGUGUGUGGGCCCAGAAAACAAUGAUUUUGCGUUGGUGACCCAACAUCGAGAUGGUGGAGGAUUGGCUUUCUUCAACUCGAGAAUCCAGCAAUGGAUCACUAUUGGGUCCCACCCUGCCACGUCAUCAUGCAUAGCAGUGACUCACUUUGAGGGAAAGUUCUAUGCUGUGGAUACCAAAGGAAGAACAAUUAGUCUUGAUCAAUUUUUAGAUUCAAAAGUGGUCACUAAUUUGGGGUCUGAUGCGUACAUGAAGUACUUAGUUGAAGCAGGUGGUGAAUUGUUGGUGGUUGAAGCAUAUAUUCCUUUCCCUAAUGCUGAGGGAUUCAUUGGCAGUGAGAGCUAUAGGGGUUUGUGUAUUGAUUAUUUUGAGGUCUCUAAGUUGAACAAAGAAGGGGGUAAAUGGGUUAAGGUCAACAGCUUGGGGGAUUGGGUGUUGUUUUUGGGAAUUUAUUCUUCGUUUUCUGUGUUAGCUUCUGAGCUUCCAGGCUGCAAGAGGAAUUGCAUAGUUGUGACUCAGCCAAGGUGGAAAGAAUUUAAUCUGGAUGGUCAUGAUACGAAUGUAGUUGAAUUGGAAAGUGGUAGAUCUGGACCCUUGGAGAAUUACCCAGAUUUUUCCAAGUUGUUGUUUUUUCCUGGUGGUAUGGGUACUUCUUCCUCUUGA